AUGAAAUGGAGCAAAGAUGUUAACAUGUUUAUUAUGCGAACUUACUUCUACAUUACUAAAUUAGAAACCAAUAUGACCACUUACAGACCACAAUUGCAUGAACUUUUUGUACGACAAUACCCAGAGGUAACUGUUUCAGAACAAAGACUUUCAGAUCAGAGAAGAGCUAUAAUUAGAAAUAAACUUCUGUCCCAAGAAAUAUUAGAACAAUUAAAACAGGAAACACGAGUACGCCUACAAGAAGAAGAUAAUAACUCAGACCCUAAUUCUGGCCUAUUGUCACAAAGCAUUACUGAAUUUACUCAACAACUACAAUCACAAUCAGGUGCUCAAUUGGAAAAUAACAUACAACAUCAAAAUAAUUACUCGCGGGGGUUUACACAAAUAUCACAAACAUCCACACAAACCGAGUCAGUUGCAUUCAUGCUAGAAAACGAUACUGAAACUUUAGUCGACGAAGAUCAAAAUCCUAUAACAGAUAAACUUGCCCAAGAGCUACAUGACAAGUUAACAACUGUACUAACACAGUACUCUGGGAUGGACCCGGCAGUUCGACCUAAACUCCCUAAACUUAAGUAUGGCCCCAAUCUCUUUCGGCUUGUCAAUUUAUUUAAUGAAAAUAUACUCAAACAGUUUAUCACUAAUGACACACAACUAACAGAUAUACACACACUUAUAUACUGCACAGCGGUAGUUAUAUCGGAAGAACUAAACUUUAAAAUUACAGAACAUACAAGAAAUACUAGACCAAGAAAAGAUAUCAAACCACCAUGGCAACAAAGAUUAGAAAAAGACAUAGAAAAAUUGAGGGCAGACUGCGGUAGACUUACACAGUAUAUAAAUAACAACAGAUCAAAUAAAGUAGUUAAGAGAGUUGAGGCUAUAUUUCGGAGCAAUUUAACACACACCAAACAUGAAAGUAACAACAAAAAACCGGAAGAGUUCUUAGACACUUUAAAACAAAAAUUAGCAAUUAAAGUUCAUAGGCUCAGAAGAUAUAAGAAAUCACAACAACGCAGAAACGAUAACACCAUAUUCACUACAAACGAAAAAUUGUUUUAUAGGAACCUACAAAAACCAAGUAACAGUACAAAUGAAGAAAAUAAUACAAACACGAACAACGCUAGCACACCCACAAAAGAACAACUAGAAACAUUUUGGUCUGGCAUUUGGGAAGAUCAAGUGCAACAUAAUGACAAAGCAACAUGGAUAACAGUAGAGGAAACAAAUUGGAGAGCAAUAGAUGAAAUGGAAUUUGAAGAAAUUACAGAGUUUGACAUUACAAGUAUAACAGAUAGAUUACAUAAUUGGAAAUCACCUGGGAUAGACAAAAUACACAAUUUUUGGUAUAAAAAGCUAACUUCUCUACACCAAAUCAUAGCAAAAAAUUUUACAGAAAUAAUAUUAGGACAACAGAACAUACCUGACUUCAUUACAACAGGAAUAACUUACAUGCUACCAAAGACUAAAAAUUCAUCUCACCCAUCCCAAUAUAGACCGAUCACAUGCCUACCGACGUUAUACAAAAUACUAACAUCGGCAAUCGCAAUAAAAAUCAACUCGCAUAUCGAACACCACAGUAUAAUGGCAGAGGAACAGAAGGGUUGUAGACGAGGCCACAUGGGAUGCAAGGAACAGCUGAUCAUUGAUUCAGCAAUACAUAAACAUGCCACCACAAAAAACAGAAACCUUCAUUGCACCUAUAUUGACUAUAAAAAAGCCUUUGAUAGCGUUCCACACUCCUGGUUAUUACAAAUAUUAGAAAUCUAUAAAAUAAACACAAGAAUAAUAAAUUUUCUGCGCAAUAUAAUGUCAAAAUGGAAAACAACACUUCAAGUCAAUAGCACCAACAACACCGUUACAACGCGACAGAUAUCCAUUAAAACAGGUAUAUACCAAGGGGAUUCCUUAAGUCCCUUGUGGUUUUGUCUUGCUCUUAACCCUCUGUCUCACUUACUACAACGACGUCGGAUUGGAUAUUGCCAUAAACAUGCUGCCGAAGAAACAGUCAUCUCGCACCUUAUAUAUAUGGACGAUAUUAAACUAUAUGCACAAUCAGAAAAAGAUAUGAAGAAAUUAGUAGAAACCACAGCAGAGUUCAGUAAAGAUAUCAACAUGCAAUUUGGUCUAGAUAAAUGUAAAACACUUCACAUCAUACGGGGCAAGGUACGUCCUGGUAACUAUGUAAUUAAUAAUACAGAUACAAUAACAGCAAUGGAACCGGCUGAUUUAUAUAAAUAUUUAGGAUAUGCACAAUUGAAGGGCCUCGAUCACGUAAGAAUCAAAGACACGCUUACUACAGAAUAUAAAAAAAGACUUAAUGCCAUAUGUAAGACUCAACUGUCAGGUAAACAUCUCAUCAAGGCCAUAAAUACCUAUGCUAUCCCCAUAUUGACCUACUCAUUUGGUGUUAUAAGAUGGACAAAAACAGACACAGCACAACUUGAAAGAAUUACACGCACUACACUUACGAAACAUAACAACUUACACCCUAAAUCAGCAAUAGAAAGACUUACAAUCAAAAGACAAGAAGGAGGGAGAGGCCUAAUAGACAUCCAACACCUUUGGCGAAAACAAGUGAGUCGUUUAAAAACAUUCUUUUACUCAAAAUCAGCUAUUAGUAAAAUACAUAAAGCAAUAGUUCUAAAUGAUCAUAAUUACACCCCGCUUAACUUAAGUGAACAAACAGACACAGAAAAUGUUAACAACGACGACCCGCAAAAACAAAAGAUUGAAGACUGGAAGAAAAAAGUAUUGCAUGGUAGACAUCCUCAUGAUUUGGAACAAACACAUAUAAAUUCAAUAGCAUCAAAUAAAUGGCUUAAAAUAGGUAAUUUAUUCCCAGAAACUGAAGGAUUCAUGAUUGCAAUCCAAGACCAGAUAAUUAAUACAAAAAAUUACAGGAAAUUUAUAAUAAAAGAUUCAUCAGUAAUAAAUGAUAAAUGUCGCAAAUGUCGAAUCCAACCAGAAACUAUUCAACACAUUACAGGAGCUUGCACAGCACUUGCUCAAACAGACUACACUCAUAGACAUAAUCAAGUAGCAAACGUCAUUCACCAGAAUCUGGCUCUCAAAUACGCACUCAUACAUGAAUCAAUCACUCCAUACUACAAGUAUACACCACAAACUAUCCUAGAGAAUACAACACACAAACUUUACUACGACCGCGCCAUACUCACUGACAGAACUAUUCAUUUUAAUAGACCUGACAUAACUUUACAAGACAAAUUAAAUAAAAUUACAUACUUAAUAGAUAUUGCAGUUCCUAACACACAUAACAUACAGAAGACCAUAAUUGAAAAAAUUAGUAAAUACGCAGAGCUCAAAGAUGAAUUAGUUAGAAUUUGGCGACAGGAAAAAGUAUAUGUUAUCCCAAUUGUUCUCUCUACAACAGGCGUUAUUCCAAACCAUCUUCUUCAUAGUCUUAAAUUAUUAGGUUUUAAAGAAAACCUCUACAUAACAUUACAAAAAUCCGUAAUUUUGAAUACUUGUAGGAUUGUGAGAAAGUUCAUGCAGAUGGAAGAGAACGAAGUGGGUCCUUAG